GUUGCAUUUAGAAGUGCGCUGCGCAUUCAACCAGCCUAGUGACAGCAGUGGACGGUGCAGAGCAGUCCUCAAGUGGCCACCGAUCUUACUGGGCAGCACGGAAUCAAGACGAUAACUUUAACUUUAAGAAGUAGGCACCGCGCUUACUUUAGGCGUUGGGAUUUUUUUUUAUUUUUUUUGUAUAGCCUAUUGAAGUCGUGUGAGGAUCAGAGUGGAGUAGGUGGGAGGAGUUGAAGUACGUACAAGAAGGUACAUCGUUAAUGGUUCAAAUCAAUUGCCUAAUAGUUCAUAUAAUAGGCCAAAUAGUUCAUUGAACACCGUCCACGGUGUGUGGGCUGGGGAACACCAGCCCACGCUGUUUGGUCCAGGCUGUUCGGACUCGCAGAGAACGCAAAGUGCGCGUUCAAUGCCCAUUGGAUUCAUCACAAAGCAAGGAUGGCUCAGUGGCAGGAGCUGAAGAACAUUGACUCGGAGCAUCAGAACCAGGUCAUCCAGGUGUAUGUCCACCAACAAUUCCCCUUGGAAUUCCGAAGCAUUGCGAGCGCCUGGAUCGAGGCCCAAGAUUGGAAAUCGGUGGCAGAGGAUGAGGGACGUUCCAGGGCUCGUUAUGAUGAGUUGCUGGACAUGGUUGAGGAACACUACAGCCGUCUUGUGCAACAGAACAACAUUUUAGGCGGACCCAACUAUUUACAACUAGUAAACGAUGCGAGGGCCCGCUUCCAGGAGAACCCAGUGCACAUGGCAAGGAUCCUCUCUCGAUGUCUGUCAGAGGAGCGGAAGAUCAUUACAUCAACUAGGGCGAAUCUCCAGGAAUGCCAGAUAGAGCUGGACGACUCCAUCAUUGAACUGCAGAAGAAAAUUCAGAUGGCUGAUUUGAAAAUCAAGUCAAUCGACGAGCAGUUCGGAAAGCAUGACUCCUUCUUGAAAGAGUGGCAAGACGAAGUGGAGCAGCUGAACGGAUCACCAGUCUCCCUGCAACUACACAUGAGGAAGAUUGACAUAGACCGAAUGCUCGAAGCUCUGAAUCAAGCCAGACUGCACGUGUGUAACCUGAUCGGGAACACGCUGAAGCUGGCAGAGCAGGUGGUGUCCAGGGUGGUGGAUGAGGAGCUGAGGAGCUGGAAGCUCAGACAGCAGCAGGCCUGCAUCGGAGCUCCAAUCGACACCAGUCUGCACAAGCUGCAGAACUGGUUCAUGGCGGCCGCAUUAGCUCUGGACAAGCAGCUCCAACAGCUGAGGAAGCUGCCGGAACUGGACCUACAGUUUCCACCCAGUGACCUCCUGUCUCUGAGGACCCAGUGUGAGAAGACCGCACAUUGCCUGUUCAUAAAGCUCCUGAAAAAUGCUCUGGUGGUGGAGAAACAGCCCAACUCUGCUCAGAGACCUCUGAUCCUCAAGACUAACGUGCGCUUCUCAGUCAAAACAAGGUUCCUGGUGAAUCACUCCUCAUUUAAUUGGAUGCCUAAAGUUACUCUGAUUUUCGACAAGGAUUUUGAUGAAAUUGGAGCGGUCAACGGUUUCCGGAAGUUCAACUUCAACCCGAAGGGAGUGAGUAAGAUGAUGGAUGCUAAUGAGAAGACGGGCUUGGUGGCACAGUUUGAGCGCCUGGUACUUGUGGAAGAAAAAUAUAAAAGCAAGCGACAAACUGAAAGUCUCCUGGCCGUGACCGAGGAGCUGCACUCUAUCACGUGUGUGAUGGAACUCAAGCUGCCAGGCCUGAGGAUGGAGGUAGAGACCAGCACGCUGCCCCUGGUGGUCAUCUCCAGUACCGCCCAGGGCCACGGGGCCUGGGCGUCCAUCCUGUGGAGCGCUAUGGCGGCGGACCUCCAGCCAAAGAAUCUGUUGUUCCUGACCCCGCCCACUGUAACCUGGCCACAACUUUCAGAGGUGCUAAGCUGGCAGUUCCAGGCUAUGAGUGAACGGGGCCUUGAUGAGCAGCAGCUAGCCAUGCUGAAGGACAAGUUUGUGGAUGAGACCGAUGGCCUUGUCAGCUGGAACAAGUUCUACAAGUGUGACGCCACCUGGGUUUGGAUCGAGGGCAUUCUGAGCCUGAUUAAAAAUCACUUGUUGUCGAUUUGGCGUGACGGGCACAUCAUGGGCUUCAUCAGUAGGGACUCAGCCAUCGUGCUGCUGAAGGACAAGCCCCAUGGAACCUUCCUGCUGCGCUUCAGUGAGACCAAGGAGGGAGCCAUCACCUUCAGCUGGGUGGACCACUCCACGGGCACGGCCCGCGUUCACGCCGUGGAGCCCUACAAAAAGGAGCUUUCGAUCAGCAACCUGGCCGACAUCCUCCGACACUACCGUCUCACAGACCCCAGCAGCAGGAGUGUGAACCCUCUGCUCUACCUGUACCCAGACACCCCAAGGGACGAGGCCUUCGGGACGUACUACACCAAACCAGCAGAAAACACUGACGGCUAUGUGCUGAGGAAUUCCGGACAUUGGUCAGUGCACCCUACUCCCCCUCCUUCACCUGAGGAGAACCGCAGCAUGGAGUCCAGCCUGAACAACAUGGAGUCCAGCCUGAACAACAUGGACUCCGGCAUGAACAACAUGGACACAAGCCUCAGCAACAUGGACCCCAGCAUCAACACGAUGGACCCCAACAUCAACAUCAACAGCAUCAUCAGAAACAAGGACUUCGACACUACGAUGGAGCUGUUCCCUGAGUUGUCUGACAUGGGUGGACCACUGCAUGGAUUCCAGCUUAACUAUUGAGCUGCUAUCAGACGUGGACUGGACCGACCAGGGCAACCUGUCUCCGUGGUGAUGACCUUAUCACCUGUCGACCGUUUGAUCGGGUUUCUCGAUCGGUAUUCUCAGCUGUAACGGACAACUGUUCCACACUGUAACAUUUUCGAAGAGAACAAUUUUUAAUGAGCUACUGACCAAAAAUCAUCCAACAUAAAUCAAUCAUCAUAGCGCAUUCCUCAGCUGACCUAGGGAUCUCCCAUUUUGAAUUCAUUCAACAGAAAAGUAUUUUGUGCUUUAACAUGAUCUGCAUCUAUUCUUUGAAUGCAGCCAUUACCACCAGUGAUCAACCACACACCUCUAUGGGUCGCUGUACGUCCGUAAACAACUGCCUUGUAGGAAGAACAACAUUUUUGGGGUUAACCAUUUAAUUCUAUCAAAUAUACCACGUUCUCUUAAAUAUUUGUUUGAAAUGUUGCCAUUUUAAGGGCUGUGCAUUUUUAAGGUUCUUAGAAACGUUUGGGUAGGCAUCCGAGCCCAGAUGGACUGCAGUACUGUAAAUAUUAUGUGCUAUUUUCUUCCUUUGCUGUCAGUGAAUAUAUUAAUGUGCAGAAAGAUUGAAAUAGGAAGUAACUGAUGUGGUACUCCAUAUCAUUAUAAUCAUAUCAUCUCCUGGUCGCUUCGUUAUAUCGUAGGUGAAGCUUUAAAUGUGCAAUCCGAAGGAUUCUGAUAAUGUUCUCUGGUUUGAUUGAUUUGUGUAUUUUAACUUCUCUUGAGACAGAAAAAAAAAAACAAUGAAGGUGCAAUUUAGUUUUUGUUUAUUAAAAUAAACGUUGAAUAUAUGUUCCAAAAGCAAAUGACAUCUGUACUGUACACUCUUUUCAGGAACUAAAAACAAAGAAUACUGUACAUCUAACAUUCUGAUAUUUCCGUUUCUUAUUCAGUUUGUUAUUGUUUAAUCAUCCAAAAAUGUCACAAGCCAGUUAUCAACGAUACAAAACAUUACCAUAAAACAGACAAACAAUUAAUUUAAAGCUACAAGUUCAAAAUAACAUUCAGAUGCAUCUUUAACGCCAUCGAUUAUAUUAACCUCCGAAGAAGUACAUUUUAAAGGUAUGGCUGCACAAUAUCAACUAUAAAUUUUGCCUUAACAGAAUGCAAUUAAUGCAUUUAAUAAGCUUCAAUGUAAGAUAUUCUGUAAUACAGGAUUCACAAUUAACACAAUAAUGUAUUUGUUUUUAAAGUUGACCUUAACAAUUUUGUCCCCAUCAUUUCACUCAAGCCCAGACUUAACAAAAGCUAGUUACAAAUGUAACAUAGUUAUGCACGUUCAUCUAGUAAACACACACACACACCAUUUGAUGCACAGCAGUGAUAGAGGCCUUGUAUUGCCAUAUUGCUAGUUGUGAUCAGAAUCACAUCUGCAGCGUAAUGUUGUCCAUGUAGCCCUUUUUGUUGCACUUGACUUACUAAUUUGGCUCCUGAUUCCAGAAUUCAGGAAAGACGGUUUCUAACUGAUCAAAAUGUGGACGUCAAACCACGCCAGCUAAUUGGUUCUCAUUCUUAUCAAUAAUUUCCGAGUUGUGAUUGGUUCGAGGCAGGUAGCACGGACAAACCAAAGCCGAAAAUGGCAUCUUUAAAAGUGUUUACAUUCAGUGAAAGGAAUCAGUUGCUUUUGUCAAAUUUAUUGAUUAAUAAAUAUUCAGGGGUUGUUUAUUGUAUUGAUGUAUUACAGGAGAGUAAAUUAAACUGAUUCUAAAAGUG